GAGGGAACGACGAUAAACGACGAAGGCCGCGUCGAAGCGUCGUGAGCGUUCCUAGCGGUAGUUCUCGGAAGUACGUUCACUCGAUAGGAGGAGGACGAUCAUCGUCGUCCGACGGUGCACGGACGAGCUACGAUAGCAAUAUGGCGAAGUGUGUCAUGGGCUCGGUGAGACGUAGUGCCGUUUGAAAGAUGAAAGGUUCGCGGUAUGGGUUGAAGAUAAUCUAGCGUUAUGAGGUUCCUGUGAAAAAUUCUAAAUUGUGCGCGGGUUAGCUGAAACGAGCCGUUCCUCGUGAUCAGUUUAUACGGUGUGCGCGUUGUUACCGGUGUGAAAACACUACCACACAUACACACAUAUACAUACAUACAUAUAUACAUACAUACAGACAGAAUCAUAUACACGUACACAUACCAACCAGUAGACAGCAGCGCGCGACACUGCACGCACUACACAUACAUAUAUACAUACAUAUAUAUAUAUAUACACACAUAUAACAUAUACACGAAAUGGCCACGGAUAAGAUAAAGGUCGCCGUUCGGGUCCGGCCGUUUAAUCGAAGAGAGCUAGAACUCGGUACACAAUGCGUCGUCGAAAUGUCCGCACAGCAAACCAUCUUGCAGCAUCCGACGACGAUGGACAAGAUCGAUCGGAACAAGCCGAAGACAUUUGCGUUCGAUCACUGCUUCUAUUCUUUGGAACCCGGAUCGGAGAAGUUUGCAAGUCAGGAAAUAGUUUUCGAUGCUCUUGGACGCGAUAUUUUGGACAAUGCGUUUCAAGGCUACAAUGCUUGCAUUUUCGCUUACGGACAAACUGGGUCUGGGAAAUCUUACACCAUGAUGGGGAGCGGUGAUCAAAAGGGAAUAAUACCACGGCUAUGUGACAAUCUAUUCGACAUGAUAGCAAAGCAACAGAGUUCUCAGCUGACCUUUAAGGUCGAGGUAUCUUACAUGGAGAUUUACAAUGAGAAGGUGCACGAUCUCCUCGAUCCGAAGCCGAAUAAGCACUCGCUCAAAGUCAGGGAGCACAAUGUACUUGGCCCCUACGUAGACGGAUUGAGUCAGCUCGCUGUAACAUCCUUUCAGGAUAUCGAUAAUCUAAUGGCGGAAGGCAACAAAUCGAGAACAGUGGCUGCGACGAAUAUGAACUCGGAAAGUUCUCGUUCGCAUGCAGUAUUUUCAGUGAUUCUCACGCAAACUCUGACGGAUUCGAAAAGUGGUGUCAGUGGUGAGAAAGUAUCACGAAUGAGUUUGGUAGAUUUGGCGGGAAGCGAAAGGGCUGUGAAAACUGGAGCAGUAGGCGAUAGGCUUAAAGAGGGAAGCAAUAUUAACAAAUCUCUCACGACAUUGGGUCUAGUCAUUUCGAAGCUUGCGGAUCAGAAUUCUGGGGGCAAUAAAAAUAGAGACAAGUUUGUGCCUUACAGAGAUUCUGUUCUAACAUGGCUUUUGAAGGAUAAUCUCGGUGGUAAUAGUAAAACCGUUAUGGUUGCCACCAUAUCGCCUGCGGCAGACAAUUACGAGGAAACGUUGUCGACUCUACGAUAUGCGGAUAGAGCGAAGAGAAUAGUCAAUCAUGCUGUAGUCAACGAAGAUCCAAAUGCAAGGAUCAUACGAGAGCUGAGGCAAGAGGUUGAGGCGUUAAAGGAAAUGUUGCUUCAUGCUACGGGACAGGGUUCAAUCGUCGGACAGCAACGCACAGAUAUAACCGAGAAAUUAUCAGAAUCUGAAAGACUUAUGAAGGAGAUGUCACAAACAUGGGAAGAGAAGCUCGUUAAAACCGAAAGACUACAACACGAGAGACAACAGGCAUUGGAAAAAAUGGGUAUCAGUGUCCAAGCAUCUGGAAUACAAGUUGAAAAGAACAAAUAUUAUUUGGUGAAUUUAAAUGACGAUCCUAGCUUGAACGAGCUAUUGGUUUAUUAUCUCAAAGAAAGGACUCUAGUUGGUGGACGUUCGGCAAAAACGGAACAGGACAUUCAAUUACACGGACUGGGUAUAUUACCGGAACAUUGUGUGAUCACGAUCGAGGAGACCGGUCUUUAUAUGACACCUUUGAACGGUGCCAGAUGUUUCGUUAAUGGCAAUCAGGUGGUCGACAAAACCCCAUUGUUACAUGGCGAUAGAAUCGUUUGGGGAAAUCAUCAUUUCUUCAGGGUUAAUUGUCCGAGAAGUGCUACAGCUAUUAACAGCGAACCACAAACACCUGCACAAAACAUCGAUUAUACUUUUGCGAGGGAAGAAUUAAUGCAAAACGAAUUGUCCAAUGAUCCAAUUCAAAGAGCCAUUGCCAGAUUAGAGAAACAACACGAGGAGGACAAACAAGUUGCACUCGAGAAACAAAGGUUGGAGUACGAACGACAAUUUCAACAAUUACGUAAUAUAUUAUCACCAUCAACGCCAUAUUCACCAUACGUACCGUACGAUCCCUUGAGAGGCAGCCAAACUGGAAAACUUCCUGCCUGUACGCCUACAACGCAAAUGCGCGUUGAAAAAUGGGCCCAAGAAAGGGACGAAAUGUUCAAGAGAAGUUUGGGCCAGUUAAAGACCGACAUACUCAAGGCCAAUGCUUUGGUUCAGGAAGCUAAUUUUCUUGCCGAGGAAAUGGGAAAGCAAACGAAAUUUAGCGUUACUUUGCAGAUCCCUCCGAAUAAUUUGAGCCCUAAUAGAAAGAGUGUAUUCUUCCAGCGUGGUGCAUUCGUCAGUGAACCGGCUAUAUUGGUGAAAAGGACUAACAUGGGUAGUCAGGUAUGGUCGAUGGAAAAAUUGGAGAACAAAUUGGUCGACAUGAGAGAGAUGUAUGAGGAACGAAAGGAUCCAAAUAAUUGUCAACGAUUACCGAUUGUCAAGGACGAAGUAUUAGGAAAGACCCAAGAUCCAUUUUAUGAGUCGCAAGAGAAGCACAAUUUGAUCGGUGUAGCGAAUAUAUUUUUAGAGGUACUGUUUCACGACGUUCGGUUAGAUUAUCACACGCCUAUUAUCAGUCAACAAGGUGAGGUCGCUGGACGACUUCAAGUUGAGAUAAGCCGUAUCGCCGGACAAUUUCCUCAGGAUCGUAUUUGCGAGGCAGCAUCCGAAUCAUCGGGCGAUUCAACGUCCUCUGAGCCAGAUGAUUAUUCUGGAUCAAGUCAUAUUACUUGUCGUGUUACGAUAAAACAGGCAACGGGUUUACCCCUGUCAUUGAGCCAUUUCGUAUUCUGUCAAUACAUGUUCUGGGGAAAUCCAGAACUUAUAGUUGUACCGCCAGUAGUAAAUGCUGAAUUGCCACCCUCGAAUUGUGCAACCGGACAAAGAGAUUCUCUUGCGUUUAGGUUUGAUCAUACUGAAGAUUUCAAGGUACCGAUAACGGAAGAAUUUAUAGAACAUUGUGCCGAAGGCGCUUUGAGUAUAGAAGUUUGGGGUCACAGAAGCGCCGGCUUUUCUCGUAGCAAACCCGGAUGGGAAGUUGAACAACAACAAUUGGCCAAAGCUCGUUCAUUAGCCGAUCGUUGGUCGGAAUUAACGAGAAAGAUAGAAUUGUGGGUAGAGAUACAAGAACUCAAUGAACAAGGAGAAUAUUCGCCUGUAGAAGUUGUUACGAAACAGGACACAUGGACAGGUGGAAUUUAUCAAUUGAGACAAGGCCAACAACGUCGUAUACAAGUUAGAGUUAAACCAGUACAAAAUUCCGGAACUUUACCGAUUAUUUGUCAAUCUAUAUUGAAUAUAGCUGUUGGUAGUGUUUCCGUGAGGAAUCGUCUUCAAAUACCUUUGGAUAGUUAUCAGGACGAGGAUUUGAGUAUAUUGAGAGAAAAAUGGAGCGACGCUUUGAUGAGGCGAAGACAAUAUCUGGAUCAACAGAUACAAAAGCUUAUAAACAAACAAGAAAAAACCGAACAAGACGUUGAACGAGAACAGAGUCUCGUCGAUCAGUGGGUUAGUUUAACCGAGGAAAGAAAUGCAGUUUUAGUACCUGCUGCGGGAUCAGGUAUACCCGGUGCUCCAGCAGAUUGGAAUCCACCACCAGGAAUGGAACCUCAUAUACCUGUUCUAUUCCUUGAUCUCAAUGCCGAUGAUCUUUCAACUCAUCAAUCAGGAGAAGAAGUAUCGGUGACAGGAUUAAAUUCAAUUUUACCGAAAGAACAUGGUAACAAAUUUUAUAAUCUACCAUUUAUUCGUCAUUUGGAAAAGGACGUAUGUGCUAUAGCAGCAUGGGAUUCUAGUAUACACGAUAGUGUACAUCUUAACAGAGUCACCGAUGCCAAUGAAAGAGUCUUUUUAAUUUUAAAAACGACCGUCCGCCUAUCACAUCCAGCCCCUAUGGAUCUCGUAUUACGUAAAAGAUUGGCGCUAAAUAUAUAUAAGAGACAAAGUAUAACCGAUCGAAUAUUUCGAAAGAUCGUACGUACUGAUUGCUUGGCACAGACCGGUGUAACUUACGAGGUUGUAUCUAAUAUACCAAAAGCUAGCGAGGAAUUGGAAGAUCGUGAAAGUUUAGCACAGAUUGCAGCUAGCGGGGAGGACAACAGUCUAUGCGAUGGUGAAACUUACAUCGAAAAAUAUACCAGAGGUGUCUCAGCCGUCGAAAGUAUCUUAACAUUGGAUCGAUUAAGGCAAAGUGUUGCUGUUAAGGAACUUUUACAAGCUCAAGGUCAACCACUUAUGCGCAAGACAGCAAGCGUUCCAAACUUCUCGCAGGUACUACUGCCACUUCGCCGUCUCGGACGCACUAUAAUGAGGUUUGAUACUUCGAUGGAUUCGUUGAAUGUCACACGUUCAGAAAGCGUAACCGAUCUCAACACAGAAUUAAAUGGUAUGCCGCAUUCACGACGGUCAUCAUCAACGGGUCAUGCGAGGAAUGACGAAAACUUCGUAUCUCCACCACCGAAGACUUUUGGAAUCGGCUCCAUUCUGAACUCAGCGAGACCAACUUUCCUGAAUCUGAACCUGAAUCUCAACUCACUGACACGUCUGCAACAAUCCACCUCUGCCAAGUCAUCCCCAAAUAUGGUCGGUAGUAAAUUGGGUCUACGUAUGACUACGUUACACGAGGAAACAUCUAAUGUUGGAAAUCAAUUAGCAACCCCUAGUCAUGACGACGAAGAAGAAAAAAGUGAUGCCGAUUAUUCUGAAUACGAUGCGUAUCAGGCACCAGCAAAGCCAACGAAGCCGCUAACUUCGUCACGCACAUUGGAUUCACUUGCUGAGUUACAAUCUACGAAGAUCAACACCCCAAGCAUGAGUAGCAGCGGUUAUGGAUCUCAAGCUGUUUCGACGACUAAUUUAACGUCCGAAGAUUCGAUCUCUAUAAAAUCGAUCAGCGUCGACGAAACGCCCGAUUUAGAAUAUAGAAAUUUAUUGGACAAUAAAAAACCAGAGAAGAUGGACAGUUCUCUCGUCGAGGAAACACCGGAGGAAUACACGUGCGAUGUGAACAAAGCGAUGGAAAAUUUAAAUGUCACGGAAGAUCCUCGCGAGGCAAACGUUAGAAAGAAUCUUGAGGAGAUGGGUGCUUAUACGGAUCCUGACACGGAAAGUCCUGUUUCUUCUACGAAAGACGACAGCGAUGCAACUGGCAAUUCAACGGCAUUGAAUGUCCUUCCGAAGAAAGACAUACAAAAUCCUAUUUUAAUUGGUCGAAGAAAAAGUGAAAUGGUAAUUAGUCAGACAUCGAAUUCGGGAGACGAGAGUCCUUUGGAGGGAUCCUCUGUUGUCCAUACGAAACUUCCACCAGGCAAGGUUGUACGAAGAAGGAAAGCUUCUAGUGGUACAGGAAGGCCUACUAGUUCUCAACACAGAGCUUCGUUCCCAAUGGUCCGUCCACAAGUAUCUGAAAGUAAAGCUGCAGCACGAUUGGAACAAACGAUGCAGCCUAAUAUGCCAUAUGAAAAUGGUGACAAUAGUUCAUCCGAAAGAAUCGAUGAUGACACGAGCGAUAAGAGCUCAGCCUUUGGCUCGAGACACGAUCUUACAAGAAUCGAAACCCCUUUACCAGAUUGGGUUGUCGUCGGUGAAUCUGUACUAGUUCGUCCAUACAGUUAUUCGGGUGUUAUAGCAUACGUUGGCCCAACAGAGUUUGCAUCUGGUAUAUGGAUAGGGAUUGAACUUGAUGCACCAACUGGUAAAAACGACGGUGCUGUAAAUGGCCAUAGGUACUUCAAUUGUCGGCCCAAGUGUGGAAUUUUUGUUAAAGUGGAUAAGUUAAUUCAGGAUAGACGAGGAAGGGCACUUAGAAGUUAUAGUAAACAAGAACCUGCACCACCUCCAUCCGCACCCAUACGUAGAAGCGUAAGCAGAGGCGAAGGCUUACAUUACUUGCAUCGAAGUCGGAGCCGAGGAGAAGGUCUUUCAACGACGGGCACCCGUUUCUCUCCCCGAAGCAAGUAAAAACGAAUUAACAACACCGCUUCAUCGUAACUUCGUCUUAUAUAAACAUAAGCCACAUAAAUAAUAAUCCUAAAAAGAAAAAAAAGAAAAAAAAAAGAAAAAAAAAAAUAAUAAUAAUUGCUACAUGCCUAUGAUAUGUGUAGCAGCAUCAGCAGCAGUGUUUCAGUCCCUUAGACAUUAGGGCAGCUAAUUAUUAAUUGAUUUAUCGAGCGCGCGCGUGCGCACGAUAAUUAAUAUAAAUAUUAAUUGAAAUAUUAGGUCGUAUAAUUAUUAAUGUGUAUCACACAAAAGCAUGGGAUGUUUUUUGAUUCAGACAGAAACGUGCUGGAUAAGCAUAGAGUAAAUCUAAUUCGCAUUUCUGUAGAAUAUAGAGUGGAUUGAUUGGUACAUAUACGUCUCAUAAUGUACCGAAAAAACAAAACAAAACAAAACAAAAAAAAAAAAAAGGAAAAAGAAAAAGUCAGCGAAGACAUUUUUAAUAAGUUGUAUAAGCAUUCCACAAUUUUAUGUACUAUGACCGGGAUGAUAAGCCAUUUUAUUUCUUAUAUAUAUACAUAUAUAUAUAUAUAUAUAUAUAUAUAUAUAUAUAUAUAUAUAUAUAUAUACAUACGUACAUACACAAAUACAUACACAUAUACACAUGUAAGUGGGAGCAUUAUUUGCUUUGGUAUUUAAUUGUACAUUUUUUGUUUUCUCUUUUUUUUCUCUUUUUUUUUUAAGUCUAUAUAUAUAUAUAUAUAUAUAUAUAUAUAUAUAUAUAUAUAUAUAUAUAUGUAUAUGUAUAUGUAUAUGUAUAUAUAUAUAUAUAUAUAUAUAUAUAUAUAUAUAUAUAUAUAUAUAUGUUCUUUCUUCUCGUUAAUUCUUACCGUGCUGUCAAGGAUAUAAUUAUUACUACUCGAAAAUGAAUAAAUAAAUAAAUGAGUAAAUAGAAAAAAAUAGAAAAGAAAAACGAACACACACACAUACACACACAUACGUUCCAUAGACGUAAAAACGAAAGCACUUGUUGCAUUCGCCGAGCGAUGACAUGCACCUAUUAAGAUGAUAAAUCACCGAAUAUCCAUUGGGCAUAAUUAUUUAUAAACCACUGAUAAUUACACUUUCCAAAAUUACUUAUUAGUAAUUUAUUUACAUGGAAAAGUGCACUCAGUGGUUUAAACGCGUUAACGAUCGCCCGAAAAUACUGAUUGCAUAUUAAUUGAUUAAUAAGUUGUGUAGAUUAUUUAAAGAUUUUAUAUGUAUACAAUUGUUUCAUUUAUAUAUAUAUAUAUAUAUAUAUACACACACACACACACAUAUAUAUAUAUAUAUAUGUAUUAUUGUAUUGUACUUUUUUUUCCUUUUUUCUUCUCUUUUUUUUUCUCUCUUAUUUUUUUUUUUUUUUAGCGCAAUCUCUUAAGUUCCUUUUUUUUAAUUGUAAAAUAACGUUUCUCCAUUCCCCGCCCACCAGCCUCCCCCUUCUUUAUUUUUGUGUUAUCACGUGAUACAUGAUACAUAACAUAAACACAUUUUAAUUUAUAUAUUAUUGGAUUUUCGGAGAUAACACGCGUGUUUAAGGUUCUUCGAAGUCUACAACACACUGCCCUAUCGAGAAAUCGUCUUUUUCUUUUCUUUUUUUUCUUUUUCUUUUUCUGUUUUUUUUUCUUUUUUUUUCUGUUUUUUUUUCUGUUUUUUUUUUUUUUUUUUUUUUUUUUUUUUUUUUUUUUUUUUUUUUUUUUUUUUGCGAAACCAAGCAAAACGAGGAAGAAAGGGCAAAAUGUGUUUUGAGGGGCGCUGCACGCAGGAAAAAGAAAAAGGAAAAAAAAGAAAAAGAAAAAAAAAAAAAAAGAAAAAAAUAGGGUCGCAAUAUUAGAUGGAUAAGUUUUUAGGCAUAAAGUAGGCUUAUAAUAUUAAAAAUGAGCUUCUUUCAUUUGAUUUGUAAUGUCGCGUAAAAUAUUUUCAAUCGCGACUAUAGUCGCGAUUAAAAAAAAAAAAAAAAAAAAAAAAAUUACACACACACACACACACACACAGAUAGACACAUUGCGUUAUUAUCGAGAGCUAAUUAAUUUGCAAAUUUUUUUUCUUUUUUGGUUCUCAAUGCAUGUAAUUUGCGAAAAGAAUUACAACAUACCAUCGUAUACCAUAGGUAUAAUUAAUCUUGUUUCAAACAAACAAACAAACAAAAGAAAAAAAUAACUUGUGUUAAUUGCAUAAAGUAUGUGUGAUCUAUUUAUAUUUCUUUCGCAAAUAGAUACAAAAAAGAAAAAAAGAAAAAAAGAAAAAAACAAAAAAAAAAAAAUAAAGAAAAAAGGAAGCUAAACCUAGUUGUGUAUAAGCUAAAUACUACAACGUGUAUUUCUCUCUAAGGCAAAAGAAGAAAAAAAAGAAAAUAAAAAAAAGAAAAAAAAAAAAAGAAAGAAAGAAAACUUUAGAAUUAAUGUCGCGCGAGAGAGGAAGUGUGAAAGAAGGAGUAAUAAUAAAAAAAAAGAAAAAAAAAAAGAAAAAAAAA